ACCCUCGUCCGCGCUAAGCAUCGUGCCAUAUUCCCAUUCGCGCCCUAAUACUAACAACAUUCUCGUAGUUUUAAGUGAAAUAUUAUGAGAGUGAAGACCGAAAUGGACGACGACGAAAAGGGAAAGUUGUUUGUUGGUGGUUUGUCUUGGGAGACAACACAAGAAAAUCUUCAACGUUACUUUGGCCGUUAUGGUGAAGUAAUUGAUUGCGUUGUUAUGAAGAACAGUGAAUCUGGUCGCAGUCGUGGUUUUGGAUUUGUAACAUUUAGUGAUCCAGCUAAUGUUCCAUUAGUUCUUCAGAAUGGACCACAUCAGCUUGAUGGGCGCACAAUUGACCCAAAACCUUGUAAUCCACGCACUCAACAAAAGCCAAAACGCAGUGGAGGAUUUCCAAAAGUUUUCCUCGGUGGUUUACCAAGUAACGUGACAGAGACCGAUUUAAGGUCCUUCUUUACCCGCUUUGGUAAAGUUAUGGAGGUUGUCAUAAUGUAUGACCAAGAGAAGAAAAAAUCAAGGGGAUUUGGCUUUCUAAGUUUCGAGGAUGAAGAUGCUGUGGACCGAUGCGUAGCGGAGCAUUUCGUCAACUUGAAUGGAAAACAGGUUGAAAUUAAACGUGCAGAACCACGAGAUUCUUCUAGCAAAAUGAACGAUAGCCACCAAGGUCAAUGGGGACCACCUCAACAGGGUGGACCUCCAAUGGGAAUGGGUGGGAAUAUGGGACCUAUGGGUGGUCCAAAUGGACAGAUGGGUGGACCGAUGAUGGGAGGCCCAAUGGGUCCGCCAGGAAACAUGAUGCAACAGUAUCAAGGUUGGGGUACAAGUCCUCAGACUGGAGGGUAUGCUGCUGGAUAUACCACGCAGUAUAACUCUCAGGGUUGGGGUGCACCUCCUGGCCCUCCGCAACAGCAACAAAUUCCACCACCACCACACCAUCAGUGGGGUAACAGUUACAAUGUUCAGCCUACAGCAGCUACUCAAGGCUACGGAAGUUAUGGUGGGCCGGCGGCGGCCGCUUCUGGGGGCUAUGGGCCCACGGCGGGUACUGGCGGGGCUGCGGGGGGCGGGCCCGGGGGUUCCUGGAACUCCUGGAACAUGCCACAAAACGGGCCCCCUCCUGGGACCCAGCCACCACCUCAGCCCCCUCAGCCUAACUCCUCGCAGCCCAACUCCAACUCGAACCCCUCUGGCCCGCAGGGUGACAUGUAUUCGCGACAGACCACCGGCUCAGGUGCACCUGGGUCCAGUAGCAGUUCAGCUAAAACUCCGGAUUAUACUGGGUACUCCGCAUAUGGUAAUUACGCUGACACCAGUUAUCCUCAGCGUUCGUAUCAAGGAGGAGAAAGCAACCAAGGAAGUUUAUUUCCUAGACGUCCUGUUCAUUUUUCUAACUGGAUGACGCGAGGCUUGUGGACUUGAGGUAAAAGAACCGGAAACGCGCGUUUAACGGGCUGCUUAACGGGCCGUGAUAAUUAAGGGUUAUUUUUCAUAUGAAUUUAAAUAAUCAAGCUGGUCUUUUGUCCUUGAUUCAAUCUUUUAUCUCCCAUUUUUGUUUCUUUUUUUUUUCCUUUUUUUUCUUUUGCGUUUUG